ACGUGGAAGGUAAUACACGAUGAUGACGGCUUUUUUUCUGAAAUCAACAUUAGCUAACGUUACUUUUAUGGUUAGCUUGUUAGCUAGCUAAUACAACAUUACAAGCUGAUGCUAAGCAUUGUUAAGAUAUAUUAACCACACCAGACUGACUGUUAUUUUGAGUGUUAACAAUACAUUAUUUUCCCGACAGUCAAGAGUGGCGAGACAGUCAGUGUGAGAGCUAAGUCUUUUCGCUCAAUGCGAAAAAACGAGGCACCUUACAACAUUCAGGUGGAGCUGUCCUUCGAGGAGCCAUUCAUUGGCAAGACCACCUGCAACUGUAAAGCUGGCUUGGGACAGUGCAAUCACCUAAUAGGACUGCUCUACACGCUGGCCCACUAUAUAAAAAUGGGGUAUGCAUCUGUCCCCCCAACUGCAAGCAAAACAUCUCUACCUCAAGCCUGGCAUGUUCCAUCAAGGACAUUAGGUCUCACCCCAAGAGCAGUUAGCACUGUGACAGUAUCCAAAGUUAAACCACCAUUGGCUAAUGCACCACCAAAGAAAAAGCAGCACUCUACUAAGGGGAUUGUAUCUAAUUUGUAUUGUCCUGUGCCACUUCCAUUACCAAGUGCUGAAUUUGCAGAGACUCUUCGUAGCAACCUGGCUAAAAUCGGCAGUAAGAGCCAGAUGUUAAAGUUACUGGAAGCAAACUGUAAGCAGCCUGCUGAUCUGGUCUCCACAGAAUUUGGGGACCUUCCCCGGGGUUCUGUAUUAACUUACCAGACUCAACGUCCACUGUCCAUUUUCAGUGAAAAUGACCCUGAACUUCCUCUACCUCCACAGCCAUGCUCAUUUAGCACUGCUCUAGAUGAUACUGAAACAUUCUUCUAUGGUGGCCUGGCUGUCACACUGUCUGAUGCAAAGCAUCUAGAGAUGGAAACCAGAGGACAAAGCAGUAGCAAGACCUGGCAUCAAGUACGAGCCAAACGCCUGACAUCAUCAUCAUUCAAAAGAAUCUGCUCCAGGGUGAGAGAUUUUGACAGUUUGGCAGCCAACAUGAAGGAGAAACAGUUGACACAAACUAAAACAAUGAAGAGAGGCCUUGAAAUGGAGCCAGUUGCUGCUGCUGAAUACAAGGAAAUCACUGGCAAUGAAAUCUACCCUUGCGGGUUUGUAAUUAACCCCCAUGCCCCACAUCUGGGGACCUCACCUGAUAGGAAAGUGCGUGACAUUAGUGCAGAACCAACUCACGGACUUCUGGAAAUCAAGUGUCCAGACAAGGACAGUUUUAAAGACUGUGCAUACUUGUACUGCAAGCCCGAUGGAACCUAUGCUCUGAAGACAGUCCAUGAGUAUUACUACCAGAUGGUGGGACAGAUGGGUAUCACCGGUAUGACAUGGUGCGAUUUCUUUGUCCAGUGCAAACAGGACCAUCACCUGGAGCGGGUCCACUUCAACCCUGAAGAAUGGGAAAACAUGAAAUCCAAACUUGACAGUUUCUUUUUUACAUAUUUCCUGCCUGCCUUGUGCAACAAAGGGCGGGAUCACAAGGGAGACAUUGAUUUCAGUGAGAAGGUCCUUGAUGAGAAAUCCUUUAUCAGCCAUGACCUCAUCGCCUUCCUCAAGUAG